AUGUCCGCACAUAAGAGGAAGGCUAGCAUGACAGAAUCAGUCGCACCAUAUCGAAAACCCAUUAUCACAUCGUCAUCGAAAGGCUCUACUUCCUCAGGCAAAAGAAGAUUAACUUUAUUCAAUAAAGUAAAGUCAUUUUUUCAAGGUGAUGGUAAACAAGAUUCCAAUUUAGAUAACAAUAGGUGCAAUAAACCUUAUCCUGUGCCCGGAGGGUUUUACAACAUGGAUGCGAAGAACUCUGUUAUACAAUUACGGGGUCAAUCUGACGAGGAUGAUGAAGGGACCAAGGGGAGUGUCAGUUUGUAUUCUAAUGAGAAUGAAAUAGGAGAAGACGAAGCUAAUAUAUCGAACGCUAAGUUGGCAGAGUUUUUCCGUGAAAAGGGCAAUGCGCCAUUGACUGAGGUAGAAUAUGAAGGUGUAAUGUCACUUAUAAGAAGAAGUAAAUCUGUUUCGUCGACUCCGCAGUCAAAAAAAAUGUUACAACGAGAUGUGAACGAAUUUAAAGUUCUGAGAUCAACUUCUGAGCGUAUCUCCACACCACUGAGAGCACCAGCCUUCAAGCCGAAUUACGGUGACUCAAUCUCUCUCUCUAAUGCAUCAUUUAGAAGCUCUGCUUCUUCAACGACAAGGCGUGUUUUUGACUACUCUAGGUUACCUUCACCUUACAGAACCACAGUUUAUAAAUAUAGUGCCGCAAGAGUACCAAACUCUCAAAGCUCAAUAAGGUCACGUAAAGGGAUUGAACAUCAUGUUUCCAAACCUGCAAAGGAGACUAAUCCACCAAAGAAGUUAAGCCACACUGCCACUGCAUUGAUAUCGUUAUUGGAUGGUAAUUCUAAACUGGGUGAAGAUGAAGUCCACUCACUUUCGGGGUUGUCUAAUCCUUAUUCCGAACACGUAUCUCAUAUUAAUAAAAGCAAGAAACUAACGAUGACAAAAUCGACAGAUUCAAACGUCGUUCAAGAGGUUGAAAGUGGUCCCUCUCCCCUUAAUUCAACUGCGCUUUCAGAGCUCUCAAAUGCUCCAUCAAUUGUCGAAGCAACUCCUGUUGCAACCGCCUCGAAUGCAAAUGCAACACAACCUAUGUUUGGUUUUAAACCUUCGAAGCCUUCAUCUUUAAGAGUCGAAGUAACCGUGGAAAACCCAUUAGAAGCGGGGAUACCACCGCCAGUGCCGCAAAGCUCUGCGUUCAAUUUUUCUUUCAAUAAACCAGAAAGUUCAACAGAACCUGAUACACGUAAUUCGGUAGCAAAAGAGUCUCCAUCUGCAGUGCCUUCUUUCAAGUUUCAAUCCUCAAAAGCUACUUUUCCAAUACCAGAACAACACAAUAAGUUGCCAUCCAACAGUACUCAGGAGAGUGAAGUUAAAGUAGCCUAUACUGAAGCAGAGGGUCCAUUUCACCUCAAAAAUUCGAACGUCAAAGAGAACGAUGUUAAAAAAGACAUCCACUCAGAAGUACAACCUGCAUUCUCAUUUUCCGAUCGCAAUGUUCCGAUGCAUAAUCGAACAGUUGCCAGUAACCGUUUUGUUUUUGCACAGCCAUCACAAAAACCUAUAUAUGAUUUCGGUUCAUUACCUAUAUCAGGCAUUGAUCCAAAUUCUGUAGACAGGGAGAAAGUUGAGCAGUUUAGAUCAACUUUCCUUUUUUAG